CCGGCCGGAUUUCCCCGCAUAUCCCAUUGAAUUCUAUGUAAUCCUGGGGCCUUACGUGUCUGUUUUGUACUCAGCAGAUGGGAAGUCCAUGGAGCACUGUGUUUGACAUGUACGCCUAAGGAAAGAGUUUUUCUGAUGGAUCAUGGCGCUGAUGUUUACAGGACCUUUCUUAUUUUUAACAUUAGUGAUGUUUGCUUUCUCCACUUUUGAGGAAUCCGUGAGCAAUUUUUCGGAUUGGGCAGUCUUCGCAGAGGACGCGGAUCAGUUUAAGACACAGAAAGUGCAAGAUUUCAGACCCAGCCAAAAGCUGAAGAAAAGUAUGCUUCAUCCAAGUCUGUAUUUCGACGCUGGAGAAAUCCAGGCCCUGCGACAUAAGUCUCGCACCAGCCACUUGCAUCUGUUUAGAGCUCUCCGAAGUGCAGUGACAGCGAUGCUGUCCAAUCCCACGUACUACCUACCUCCACCCAAGCACGCUGAUUUUGCUGCCAAGUGGAAUGAAAUUUAUGGUAACAAUCUGCCUCCGUUAGCACUGUACUGUUUGCUGUGCCCGGAAGACAAAGUCGCCUUUGAUUUCGUCUUGGAAUAUAUGGACAGGAUGGUCGGCUACAAAGACUGGCUGGUCGAGAAUGCACCCGGAGAUGAAGUGCCCAUCGGCCACUCCUUAACAGGUUUUGCCACGGCUUUUGACUUUUUAUAUAACUCGUUAGAUGAUCACCGAAGACAAAGAUACCUGGACAAGAUUGUGGUUAUCACUGAGGAGAUGUAUGAGUAUUCCAAGGUCCGCUCUUGGGGCAAGCAGCUUCUCCAUAACCACCAAGCCACUAAUAUGAUCGCGUUACUAACUGGGGCCUUGGUGAUUGGGGUCGAUAAAGGACCCGAAGUCAAUGUAUGGAAACAGGUGGUGGUGGAUGUGAUGGAAAAGACAAUGUUUCUUUUGAAUCACAUUGUGGACGGUUCUUUGGAUGAAGGUGUGGCUUAUGGAAGCUACACAGCUAAAUCGGUCACGCAGUAUGUUUUUCUGGCCCAGCGCCAUUUUAAUAUCGACAACUUGGACAAUAACUGGCUAAGAAUGCAUUUUUGGUUCUAUUAUGCCACCCUUUUGCCUGGCUUCCAAAGAACCGUGGGCAUAGCAGAUUCCAAUUAUAAUUGGUUUUAUGGCCCGGAGAGUCAGUUAGUUUUCUUGGAUCGAUUCAUCUUGAAGAACGGAGCUGGUAACUGGUUAGCCCAGCAAAUCAGAAAGCACCGACCUAAAGAUGGACCAAUGGUCCCUUCGACUGCUCAGAGGUGGAGCACUCUUCACACCGAGUACAUCUGGUACGAUCCCCAACUCACCCCACAGCCCCCUGCUGAUUAUGGCACUGCAAAAAUGCACGUGUUCCCUAACUGGGGCGUGGUCACCUAUGGCGCUGGAUUGCCAAACACACAGACAAAUACCUUCGUGUCUUUUAAGUCCGGGAAGCUUGGAGGGCGAGCCGUGUAUGACAUUGUUCACUUCCAGCCGUACUCCUGGAUUGAUGGGUGGAGAAGCUUCAACCCGGGCCACGAGCAUCCAGAUCAGAAUUCGUUUACUUUUGCCCCCAACGGGCAAGUGUUUGUUUCUGAAGCUCUCUAUGGCCCCAAGCUAAGCCACCUGAACAAUGUGCUGGUCUUCGCCCCGUCCCCCACAAGCCAGUGUAACAAACCCUGGGAGGGUCAGCUGGGAGAGUGUGCCCAGUGGCUCAAGUGGACGGGCGAGGAGGUUGGUGAUGCAGCUGGAGACAUCAUCACUGCCUCCGAACAGGGGGACAUGGUGUUUGUGAGCGGGGAGGCGGUGUCUGCCUACUCUUCAGCCAUGAAGCUGAAAAGUGUGUAUCGGGCAUUGCUUCUCUUAAACUCCCAAACUUUGCUGGUUGUCGAUCAUGUGGAGAAGCAACACGAUUCCCCGCUGAAAUCCGUCAGUGCCUUCUUUCAUAAUCUGGAUAUCGAUUUUAAGUACAUCCCCUAUAAGUUUAUGAACAGGUAUAACGGGGCCAUGAUGGACGUGUGGGACGCACACUACAAAAUGUUUUGGUUUGAUCACCAUGGAGACAGCCCCGUAGCGAGUAUACAAGAAGCAGAGCAAGCGGCUGAGUUUAAGAAGCGGUGGACACAGUUUGUCAACGUCACAUUUCACAUGGACUCUAGCAUGACGCGGAUCGCCUAUGUCUUUUACGGGCCCUACGUCAAUGUGUCUGGCUGCAGGUUCCUUGAUCACUCGACUUCUGGGCUCCAGAUUGCUCUCAAUGUCAACGAUACUGAACAUGUUGUUUCCAUUGUCACUGACUAUCAGAACCUGAAGACGAGGUUCGAUUACCUGGGGUUUGGAGGCUUUGCCAGCGUGGCUGAUCAGGGUCAGAUAACCAGAUUUGGUUUGGGCACUCAAGCAAUCGUGAAGCCCGUAAGACGUGACCGAGUCAUUUUCCCCUUUGGUUUUAAAUUUAACAUAGCAGUUGGGUUGAUUUUGUGCAUCAGUUUGGUGAUUUUGACUUUUCAGUGGCGCUUUUACCUUUCUUUUAGAAAGCUGAUGCGCUGGAUAUUAAUCCUUGUCGUUGCCUUGUGGUUCAUCGAGCUGCUGGACGUGUGGAGCACUUGCACUCAGCCCAUCUGUGCCAAGUGGGCAAGGACCACGGAGGACGAGGCCCGCACAAAGGCUCUCCAGCCGGGGGGACACCAAAGCGAGCUCCCCAAUGUGGUCAUCACCUCACUUCCAGGCUCGGGGGCUGAAAUUCUCAAACAGCUGUUUUUCAACAGUAGUGACUUCCUCUACAUCAGGGUCCCGACAGCCUACAUGGAUCUCCCUGAGACGGAGCUGGAAAUCGACUCCUUCGUGGAUGCCUGCGAGUGGAAGGUGCCAGAGAUCCGCAGCGUGCAUUUUCGCUUACUGCGCGGGUGGCUGCAGUCCUUGGUCCACGACACCAAGCUCCACUUGCAAAACAUCCAUCUGCAUGAGCCCAGUCGAGGGAGACUGGCCCAAUAUUCCCCAGCGAACAAGGACAGAAGAAGAAAAGUGAAAAGGAGAGAGUCUCUGCCAGAACAAAGAAGUCGGAUGAAAGGCGCCUUUGACAGAGAUGCGGAAUACAUCAGGGCUUUGAGGAGACACCUGGUCUUUUACCCAAGCGCCCGCCCUGUGCUCAGUUUAAGCAGCGGAAGCUGGACCUUAAAGCUUCGUUUCUUCCAGGAGGUUUUAGGAGCUUCCAUGAGGGCAUUGUACGUCGUCAGGGACCCUCGGGCAUGGGUUUAUUCAAUGCUGUACAGUAGCAAGCCAAGUCUGUACUCUUUGAAGAAUGUACCAGAGCACUUAGCAAAAUUGUUCAGAAUAGAAGGCAGGAAGGGCAAAUGCAACCUGAAUGCGGGCUAUGCGUUUGAGUACGAUGCACUGAGGAAAGAAUUAUCCAAACCUAAAUCAAAUGCCGUCUCCCUGUUGGCUCAUCUCUGGCUGGCAAAUACAGCAGCUGCCCUGAGAAUUAAUACAGAUUUGCUCCCCACCAGCUACCAGCUGAUCAAGUUUGAAGAUAUUGUGCAUUUUCCUCAGAAAACCACAGAAAAGAUUUUUGCCUUUCUUGGCAUCCCUUUGUCUCCUGCUAGUUUAAACCAAAUAUUGUUUGCCACCUCCACGAACCUUUUCUAUCUCCCGUACGAAGGGGAAAUCUCACCAACAAAUACUAAUGUUUGGAAGCAGAAUUUGCCUAGAGAUGAAAUGAAACUGAUCGAAAACAUCUGUGGGACUCUCAUGGAGCGCCUAGGCUACCCAAAACUUAUGGACUAAUUUGCUGCAGGUCAGCGGGAAUUUGCACUAAUAAUUUCCAACCCAGUUGUGGAUGUGAAUUAGAAGAGGUGGUUUAAUCUUGUAUUGUGUGUGUGAGUGUAUGUGUGUGUGUGUGUGUGUGUGUGUGUGUGUAUGACACAUGUACAGAGAGAUUAUUUUAAAGUAAAAUUACGCUACUUGGCCCAACAGGAAUGAUUUUUUUUUAAACGUCUGGACAUCCCUUGCCUUUGUGUCUGCUAAAAUGUUUCUGUUCCAGUGUUUCUCUUGCAGCAAUUGCAGAUGAAGUUGAACCAUGAAGGCUGGGAGGUGUGUGGGGGGCUGG